AUGUUUCCAGAACAAGUGGAAGCGUUGAUUCAACAUAUAGGGCCGUUUUUAAAGCCAUAUCAGGUAGAUACUUAAGUACUUUCGAUCUUAAACUUAUCUUUCACGACUGUGAAUAUUGUAUGGUAUCAAGUCUUUCCUUAAGCCAUUUAAGUCUUUAGUUGUUAUGUUCCUUCACUUUUCAAAACUUAAGGCGAUUAAUAGUUUUCUGUCAUCAUUACUUACAGAAUGAGAGUGGCCGCUCCAUCUUGUCCCCAACACUCCAAGUGAUCAUUGGCUUAAGAUUUAUGGCAGGAAACUGCUAUUAUUAUGAUCUCGGCGAUUUGUAUUCUUGUUCGGCUGCAUCAGCUAUGAGGGCCGUUAAUUAUUUCACAGAAGCUGUGUUGCAAGGUUUGAGAGGAGGAAUCGGAUGGCCACAAUCUGAUGAAGAAGCGAAAUUAAUUGGACAAAAAUUUGCGAUAAAAGGGGGAAACCGUUUCUUCGCGGGAGCUGUUGAUGGUACACUUAUUGAAGUUGUUGCUCCGUUACAAAGUCGGCUGACAUUUGUGUAAGAUUAUUUUACAUGAAAGUUUAAGAAUAGGUAUAUAUCUGAAAUUUGGUUUUAAAUCUCAAAGGUAAAAUACUAAAACAAUUUCUUCAGGACACGCCAUCAUACAACAUGUAUUAACGCUGUUAUUGUUGCUGAUACCGACAUGGUAAUUCGGUACUUUUGGGCCGGUGCAGGUGGAUCCAAACAUGACGAUGCUGUACUAAGAAUAUCGUCGUUACAAAGAGCAUUUGAUGCAGGUUUUCGACCUUUUCCUGGGGCAGUACUGAUUGCCGAUUCUGGGUAUGGUGAUAGAUCGUGGUUGCUAGCGUACCGUCAGAACCAUCCUCCAGCUUACGAAAAUUUGUACCAGUAA